UAAAAUGCUUGUACUUCAGAGAUGUGAAAGUUAACAGGAGAGAAGCUAUAGGAUGGGUUUGUGCCCACGAAUACCGAGGACAGAAUCCAUGACAACCCAGAGGGUCCGCACCUUAGCACACGGCCAAGAAGGAUGUCUGGUGCCAGGCUGUUACUGUUCAUACAGAGCCUGUCUCGUAGGAAACCCCUGGAGCCAGAGGGGGAGGUGUCCAACUUUAAACGAUGCCUGACUACCCUUGACCUGGUGGCUCUGGGGGUUGGCAGCACACUGGGGGCUGGCGUGUAUGUGCUGUCAGGAGAGGUGGCCAGGGCCGUAGCUGGGCCCAGUAUAAUUAUAUCUUUCCUUGUGGCAGCAAUAGCUUCCAUUUUCGCAGGGCUGUGCUAUGCUGAAUUUGGAUCGCGUGUGCCCAAGACUGGCUCUGCCUACCUGUACAGCUAUGUGACAGUGGGGGAGAUUUGGGCCUUCAUCACUGGCUGGAACUUGCUGCUGUCAUAUGUCAUAGGAACAUCAAGUGUAGCCAGGGCAUGGAGUGGGACUUUUGAUGACCUCAUUGGAAAUGCCAUUGCCAGCUCUUUAGGUCAACAUGCAGCAAUGGAUAUGCCAGGCCUCGCUACCUACCCAGACUUCUUUGCUGCUGCUCUCAUCAUGCUGUUGGCAGGGAUCCUUGCAUUUGGCGUUAAAGAGUCUGCUAUUGUGAAUAAGGUUUUUACAGCAGUUAAUACAGUGGUCUUGGUGUUUGUUAUCAUCGCUGGCUUCAUCAAAGGUGACAUUGACAACUGGUACAUUAGUGAGGACACUAUCAUGAACAUAACAACAAAUGAAAACUUCACAUCGGCACUAAAUGAAACCACAAAUUACGGUGUUGGUGGCUUCUUCCCCUUUGGUGUUGAGGGAACAUUGGCAGGAGCUGCAACCUGUUUUUACGCCUUUGUUGGAUUUGACUGCAUAGCCACAACAGGGGAGGAGGUGCAGAACCCUCAGAAGUCCAUCCCUCUGGGCAUUGUAGCAUCCCUGCUGAUCUGUUUCCUGGCUUACUUUGGUGUGUCGGCAGCACUGACCCUCAUGAUGCCCUACUGCAUGCUCAGUGUCAAUAGCCCAUUACCUGUAGCUUUUACAUACAUCGGCUGGGGCCCUGCAAAGUAUGCUGUGGCUGUAGGCUCCCUCUGUGCACUUUCAACAAGUCUUCUAGGAUCCAUGUUUCCCAUGCCCCGGGUCCUCUUUGCGAUGGCCAGGGACGGGCUGCUCUUCAAGCCACUCAGUAACAUGAGUUCUCAACAAAGUCCUGUGGUAGCCACUCUAUCUUCAGGUGUUGUGGCAGCAAUCAUGGCUCUAUUAUUUGACCUGAAAGCACUUGUGGACAUGAUGUCAAUUGGAACACUCUUUGCCUACACUCUUGUAGCAAUAUGUAUUCUCAUAUUGAGGUACCAACCAGAUCUUGGUGAGGAGUCCAGUGAUAAUACAUCUGAAUCAUUUUCGAUGAUAGAGGCCCUAAACCCUCCUUCUCAGCCCAAUGCUCAAACCUCUAAAAAUGUAUCCAUGUUCACAGUCUUUAUCAGUGAGCAAUUUUCUUUAUAUCCUGUUUCCUUUUAUAUCCAGUGUCACUCUCUUAGAGGUCUGACACAUUUGUUUUGUCCCCCAGUCCUUUUAGAAAUUAUUCUGAGCGUUUUCCUGACCAAGGCUGUGGAUUCCCUGAUGAACCAGGAGUGGUGGAGCAUUUUAAUCAUCUCUGUGAUCCUUUUGAUGCUGGUCCUCACUGUUUUCAUCAUCUGGAGACAGCCUCAGAAUACAACCAAAGCUGCUUUUAUGGUAACAUUUUGUCAAAGCUUAACUCAGAUUUGGUUUUCUCCACAAUUUACACCCAUUUUGUUUGGUAUCUCUGCAGGUUCCUUUUAUACCAGCACUUCCUAUUGUGAGUACAUUUGUCAAUGUCUAUCUGAUGGUUCAGUUGGGAGGAGAUACAUGGAUUCGCUAUGCUGUUUGGAUGGCAGUGGGGUUAUUGAUCUACUGUUGUUAUGGAGUUCAUCACAGUGUGCAAAAGCAAAGGCUGGAAACUGCACACAAUCAGGUCAACAUACAAAGUCUUAACACAAAUAUGGAGUAAAACUUUGUGAUGGAUGAGGAUUCCUGUGGCCCUGAUAUCUGACCCGGAAUUGAAAUACAAGAUUUCAAAAGAAGAGAAACAUCAAUACAUUGUAUUUGAUAUAAUUAUAAUAAUUGUUAUUAAUAUUGCCAUAUAAAGCUGUUUUGAUUUGAAAGGGGCAUUUCAUAAAAUACCCUACUGCCAGUCACUCACUUUAACUCUUGAAAUAUAUACCCCUUGAAUUUGAACAACAAGGUGAAUAGUUUGCAUAAAGCAACUCAGGUUAUCAUGCGAACAAUUUAAUCUUUGAAGGUGUUGCCCUGACACUUUGUUUAAAUAGAAAAUCAUGUUGAUUGUGCGAUAUGUAAAACUACUUGUAAUGAUGAAUUUUAAAUAAACUUUUACUUAAAUCAUGACACAAGAGGCCAGUAAUGUAACCAACAUUAACAAAUGUUUACUAAUAUACUUCAUUGUAGCCUACAGUACACCGAAAAUACCAGUGGUUUUUAUUAUGUCGUCCAUAUCACAAUAAAAGUGCUUUAUAUGAUGUGGUGAGUGGGUGGUAUUGGAGUUAGUGCUGCUGCCUUCAUCAUACUUAAACCACUGUUGGCAAGGGUUCGAAUCUAUCUCACCAUUUUCCUGACACUGCUCUCUACCAUUCCUGUCACUCCAACUAUCUGUCCAUCAAAAUACAUUACGAAUUUACAGGGGGAAAGUGCCGUAGAUUUUGCUGCAUGAUGUAUCUGUUGUGUUUUAUACAUUAUUACAUGUAAUACAAAUUAAAUGUUUACUUUCUGUUGGUCUUAAUACUGUAUUGAAAG